AUGUCCGGUCCCAUUCAAGACUUGUAUGCAUCGCCAUGUACUUCUCCUGAAGGUACCCUUGUCGCCUCUAAAAGCUCUUCUUCCACCAUCAACGACAAGACCGCUAUCCAGCUAUUGACCAAGUUGGACGAGGGAUUGGAAACAUUAUCCAACUUACGCUCCAUCCUGACGCUAAAGACUGCAGAGUUGAAUGAACUUGUUGCCCAACUUGAACUCACCAACCAAGCUAUCAUCAAUGUCGAGCAAACCACAACACAAACCGAAGCCAUCCUUAAGGACAUGGGGAUUGUUGCUGAUGAUCGUCUUUUGAUGGAAGCCCAUGCUAGCCUUGACAGAGCAAUCAAAUCUGCCAGCAGCCUUUAUAAACCACAAGAACAACAAGAUGCGCGACAACGCAUGACAACAAAAGUACGAUACAAGACGAAUCCAAAGCCAUUAUUACGACAACUCAAUAGCUUGCUGCGGGAACUUGAGCUGGAUCCUAACCAGUUUAUGGAACGUUUGGAUGACAUCCAAGCACUAAAGACAACCAAAGUGGAUCUCGACAUUGCAAAAACAAUCGCUCUUGCUGCUAAAAGCAAUCUUAAACGAAGGAUGAUCCUUUUGAAAAGCACCACUCGCCAUUCAAAUCAUGCAGAAAUAGCCAUGUUGGGAGAAAAGAUCAGGAAGAGCGUGGCAAUGUGGAAAACGUAUGCUCGUGACGCACCUAUGCGAUUGGAUGGAAAGGAUAUCUUGGAUAUUCUUGCAAGUCAAGAUGAUAUUUUGGCAAAGGAUGGCCCUGGACGUCACCGGAUGUCUGUGGAUAGCAAUGGACCCCUUUCAUCACCACGCAGCUGUCGAGAUCCUUUGAAACACACAAGGACAGCUUCUCUUCAUGCCGGUGUCCCAACGACAAAAACAGCAAUAAUUAAAACGGACAAACCAACCAUUCCACCACCCUCCAAAAAGAUACAUCGCCAUCCUGUAAAGACAUCCAAAGUAAACACGACCACCAAGACCACCACCACCGCUAUCACACGCAUGAGACCCACAACAGCAAACAACAAAAAGCUCACCAUCACGUGUCCAAACCCAUCACCCUUACCUGUAUCAUCAUCAUCAACUAUCCUAGAACCACCACCCACCAAAUCAACAUCCAAAUCCCUGAUCCAGCGCGGACCGGGAUCCACAUUACGUCUUCGAAGUAUGCUAGCAAAACGUGCCAUGGCAGUAGCAUAG